CCGGCGGUGACAAAGAUGGCGGCGCCCUUUGGCAGGGUGCUGCUGAGCGGGGCUGCGGCGAACUGGCCGAUCCGCGCUUGUUGGAGGGGUCUUUCCGGCGGCUCCGCGGCAGCCGGGCCGAAAUGGAGGCUUUUCGGAGCGCUUUGCUUGCAAAGGCCGCACAGAGUCAGUCAGGAGAUGAGUCCGGAGGAGAAAGAAAUGACGGAGCUGCUGCAGCAGGUUGAGAUGGAGAAAAGCCUCUAUUCAGACCACGAACUCCGCCGCUUUGCAGAGGAGGAGCGUAUGCAGAGGAAAAAAUACGAUGACGACGCUGGGCAGGAGAUCGUGCUGAUUCAAGAUGUGGAAGACUUGUGGGAACAGAAAUUCCGGAAGUUCAAUCCUGCCCCACGGAUAACAGAGGCCGACAAGGAAAAUGACCGGACAUCUUUGAACAGGAAGUUAGACCAGAACCUUCUGCUCCUGGUUAAGCAAAAGCUUGGUGACCAAGACGUUUGGCUCUUGCCUCAAACAGAGUGGCAAGAAGGGGAGACUCUGCGAGCCACAGCAGAACGGGCCUUGGCCUCUCUCUCAGGAAGCCACACGGAGGCCAAGUUCCUAGGCAAUGCGCCAUGCGGCUUUUACAAGUACAAGUUCCCCAAGGCGGCCCAGACAGAAGGUGGCACGGGAGCCAAGGUCUUCUUCUUCAAAGCCCUCCUGCAGGGCAGCCACUUGCCCUUGGCCAGUGAGAAAGUGGACUACGUCUGGGUCAGCAAAGGGGAGCUGGCAGACUACUUGAAACCCAAGUACCACUCCCAGGUUGCUCGCUUUCUUGUGGACCUGUGAGUGCUGGAGAUGGUGUUUUUAUCCCUGUGUCAAGAUUACAGAGAACUACCUUAGGUGAAGAAUUUGUUCAGCGUUGGGUUUCACGUUUGCAGAGCCGUGUUUGGCCCUGGACAAGGAUCCCAUUUGUGUGCGUAUUUUCCUCUUCGCUAAAUAAAAGAGUCCAAGAAUCAA